CGACUGAAGAGACUGAACAGUUGCAAAUGAAACGCGAGAAAUGCUUGAUGUGAUUGCGCUGCUAUUAAUUUCGCUUGCCAUCGGUUUCUGGUAUGUGCGAACCAGGCUUAGCUAUUGGUCACGUCGAUGCAUCAGCCACGAGCGACCAAGUUUCCCGAUGGGCAACAUGAAAGGAUUCCGCAAGACGCGACAUUUCAAAGAUAUUCUGACGCCAUUGUAUGAACGCUUCAAGAUCACUGGAGCACCCUUCGUGGGCUUCUACAUGAUGAUGCGCCCUGUGGUGUUGGUGCUCGAUGUGGAGAUGGCCAAACAAGUGUUGAUCCGAGACUUUGCCAACUUUGAAGACCGUGGCAUGUAUCACAAUGAACGCGAUGAUCCACUCACCGGGCAUCUCUUUCGCAUCGAUGGUCCCAAGUGGCGGCCUCUGCGUCAGAAGAUGUCUCCGACUUUCAGCUCCGGCAAGAUGAAGUAUAUGUUUCCCACCGUGUGCGCCGUCGGCGAGGAACUGGCUCAAGUCUGUGCCGAGCAAGCAGAGAAUGCCAUCUGUGGUAUUCUGGAGAUUAGUGAUCUGAUGGGCAGAUACACGACGGAUGUGAUUGGUCGCUGUGUCUUUGGCAUCGAUUGCAAUGGACUGCGCAAUCCCCAUGCCGAGUUUGCUGUAAUGGGACGACGAGCGUUCACGGAUCGGCGACACAAUAAACUAAUUGAUGGCUUCAUUGAGAGUUUUCCCAACUUGGCACGACGUCUGCGGCUCUGUCAAAUCCACAAGGAUAUCACCAACUUUUACAUGCGCAUUGUGCGGGAUACUGUCAAGGAGCGUGAGGUGAAAACCAUUAUUCGCCCCGAUUUCAUGAAUCUGCUCAUUGAGAUGAAGCACCGAGGUGAGCUCACGCUGGAGGAGAUGACCGCUCAAGCGUUUAUCUUCUUUGCCGCCGGCUUCGAUACUUCGGCAUCCACUCUGGGAUUCGCGCUCUUCGAACUAGCAAAGCAACCACAAAUCCAACAGAAGCUGCGCCAAGAAAUCGAAGAAACUAUUGAGGCAAAAGGCGGAGUAUUCACUUACGAAGUCGUGCAGGAGCUGCGCUACAUGGAGCUGGUCAUAGCAGAGACCUUACGCAAGUAUCCCGUCUUGCCACACAUUUCCCGCAUUUCACGAAAUUGCUAUCCGGCGAUGGGAAAUCGACAUUUCUAUAUUGAACCUGGUCAGAUGGUACUUAUCCCCGUGUAUGCCAUACACCACGAUCCAGAUCUGUAUCCAGAACCGGAAAAGUUUAUCCCCGAGCGUUUUACCAUCGAAAAUAUGCGACAACGUCCCACUGCCUCGUGGUUGCCCUUUGGAGAUGGUCCCCGCAAUUGUAUUGGUAUGCGAUUUGGCAAGAUGCAGACGAUCAUUGCCUUGGUUCAAUUGCUGCGACGCUUUGAGUUCAGUGUCUGUCCACGCACAGAGUCAAAAAUAGAGUUUGUCAAGCACAACAUAUUGCUCGCGCCGGCCACUGGAAUCUAUCUAAAAGUUGAAGAGAUUAGAAAAACUCAGUCUUCAACAGGGCGUGAAAUGUUGAUCAUAGCGUUAAUUGGUAUUAUUCUCGGGCUGCUAUAUUACGCAGCCCGUAAUCGGUACACUUACUGGGGUCGUCGUGGAAUCCCGCACGAUGAGCCAACGUUUCUCAAGGGUAACAUGGGAGACUGGCCAUCGAAACGUCAGAUUGGUGUGAUUUUCAAAGAUUAUUAUUUGAAGUACAAGAAUAGCGGCAGUCCAUUUGCUGGCCUCUAUUUCUUUUUUACGAAGACUAUUGUCGUCACCGAUCUGGAACUGGCCAAACGCGUGUUAAUCAAAGACUUUAAUAACUUUGAGAAUCGCGGUAUAUUCUAUAAUGAAGAAGACGAUCCCCUGUCGGCAACUUUGUUUAGUAUUGAAGGUCAAAAAUGGCGUCAUCUACGGCACAAGCUUUCGCCCACCUUCACAUCGGGCAAGAUGAAGCACAUGUUGCCCAUUGUAUUGAGAGUGGCCGAAGAAAUGUCCAAGGUAUUCAACGAGAAGUUGCCAUCAGCCAAGGAGUUGGAAAUCACCGAUUUGGUCGGUCGCUACACUGCCGAUGUAAUUGGCACUUGUGCCUUUGGUCUCAAUUGCAAUAGCCAACGUGGUGCGAAUGCCGAUUUCGUAGACAUAGGCAAACGUGCGGUGACUGAGCGUCGCUAUUAUGGUCUGUUGGAUUUCUUUAUAUUCGGGUUUCCGAAAUUGUCGCGACGCCUCCAUCUGAAAAUCACAACCGAAGAGGUUGACGAUUUCUAUACUCGCAUUGUCAGAGAAACAAUCGACUAUCGCCUGAAGACGAAGGAGAAACGCAAUGAUUUCAUGGACAUGCUCAUCGAAAUGUAUCAGAAGCAUCAGGAGGGAAAUACUGAGGAUGGUCUGUCGUUUGAAGAAUUAGCUGCCCAGGCUUUCAUAUUCUUCGUCGCCGGAUUUGAAACGAGCUCCACAACUAUGGGCUUUGCCCUCUACGAACUAGCACAACAUCAGGAUAUACAGGACAAGCUUAGAGCGCAAAUCAAAGAAGUGCUGGCUAAACACAAUAAUGAAUUCAGCUAUGAUAAUAUUAAAGAAAUGGAACUCUUAGAGCAGGUCGUUAUGGAAACCCUCCGCAAGUAUCCCGUGUUGGCUCAUUUAACGAGGAAGGCAAACUCGGACUAUUCGCCUGAUGAUCCCAAAUAUUACAUUGAAAAAGACAGUGUUGUGGUUAUUCCUGCACUGGGCAUUCACUAUGAUCCAGACAUCUAUCCAGAACCAGAGGAGUUCAAGCCAGAACGCUUCACGGAAUCUGCGAUCCAGGCGCGGCCAUCUUGCACUUGGCUGCCCUUUGGCGAUGGUCCUCGGAACUGUAUUGGCUCGCGCUUUGGCCUAAUGCAGACUUGUGUAGGUCUGGGCCAUCUGAUUAAGGACUUUAAGUUUUCUGUUUCACCAACCACUCAAAUACCCAUUACAUUUGUGAAGAAAAACAUAUUGUUAUGUGCUGAGAAUGGCAUUCAUCUUAAGGUCGAAAAGAUUUAAUUAACAUCCGCAUUUGUAAAAAAAAACAAA